ACAAGCAGCGCAGAAGCAACCUAGAAACUGCAUUCUACACUCAAUUUCUGUGUCCUUUUGGCUUUAUAGUUAGCAGCGUCUUACAGACAUCACAUGGAGGGUGCAAGCAAGAAGAGAAAAAUUUGCCAUGAUAAUCCUGAGGAAGAAGAAGAUGAGGAUGAUGAACAAAAGAUAGAGAAGUUUUUUGCUCUUAUCAAGAACAUUCGAGAGGCUCGCUUCCGCUUGAUGAAUGGCUCAGAUGUAAUGGAAGGGGUAGAGAGCAAGAGGAAGAAGAAGAAAGUUGAGGAAGAGAACAAGCAAGUUGAAGUUUGGAAGCCCUCGUUUGAACGUGAAGAUUUCAUGGAAGAUGAAGCAAAGUUGAAAACCGUAGUGGGUUCUUCUCCAAGACAAGAAGGAAGUAAGAAAGAAGAGGAUGAAGAAGAAUUAGACUUAGGGCUUUCACUUUAGUGUUAAAACUUACAUCAACUAGAGGAGAAUUGUGAGGAAUCCUAGUGUCCAUGCUAAUGUAGUAUGCUUAAUUUGCUGUAUGUAUCAUAGUAAGAAGUUUCAAGCUUUGCUGUGCUAGCUUCUUAGCUUUUUUUUAAUGUAACAUGUAGUGUUUACUGACAAUCUAUUAUCUAUGUUUGCUGACAAGGAUUUGAGGUCUCUGAAAUCCUUCUUAUUUUGUAAGUAUUUGUGCCCUAUUUAUAACAAUUAAAUCCUUUUAUUUA